UUCCAGUCUACUUUCGACUUGAAAGUUCGAAAGUUGUGAACGGUAGUACGCGGAGACGUAAUGGCGAGGAAAUACACUGAAAACCGAUAAGUUGAGGUUUCUGGUGAACAGAGAGCUUAAAAGAGACUCGUUGAUCUUAGUGCCUCUCUUUGAAAGUGGGAAAAAGCGCAUGUUGAUUGCUGAUGGAAGACCAAGAGAGACUUCGCCAUCAAUCCCCUGAUCGGUCUCAGGAGCUGAUGGAGCUUAAUGCUGGAAGACAUCUGCAAGCAGGAUCAAAACUUCCAAGGAAAGACUAUGAGAGCCUAGAUUAUGAUGUCUGCUACAACAAGCCAUUUUCAAGAAUGCUUGCAUCCAGAGAUAAAAAGUCACUUUUGGGGCAAGAGGUAGUCCGAUGGUUGGUGACAGGUGCUAUUGGGAUCUUGACAGGCUUGGUGGCUGUUUUUAUUGACUAUUUUGUGACGCUUUUGACUAAGUGGAAAUUUCAUACUAUUGACAAAUCCCUUAAGGAGUGCACUGCUUCUGGUUGCUUAGCUGUUACUCUACUAAUAUUGAUGGCCUUCAAUGGAGUAUUUUGUCUUAUAGCUGGGAUUCUGUGUGUUAUUGAGCCAGUAGCAGCUGGGAGUGGAAUUCCAGAAAUCAAGUGUUACUUAAAUGGAGUGAAGGUUCCUCAUGUAGUGCGGCUCAAAACUCUUGUUUGUAAGGCAGUUGGUGUGCUGUUUAGUGUUGCUGGAGGUUUAUUUGUUGGUAAAGAAGGACCCAUGAUACACAGUGGUGCUAUUAUAGGUGCUGGAAUACCUCAGUUCCAAAGUAUUGCAUUUCGUAAAAUCAAAUUCAACUUCCCUUAUUUCCGAACAGAUAGAGAGAAGAGAGAUUUUGUAUCUGGAGGAGCAGCUGCUGGAGUGGCAGCUGCAUUUGGUGCACCCAUCGGUGGAGUGUUGUUUAGUCUGGAGGAAGGAAGUUCGUUUUGGAACCAGGGACUUACCUGGAGAAGUUUCUUCUGCUCUAUGGCUUCCACAUUCACAUUAAACUUUUGUUUAUCUGGCAUACAAGGCUAUGGCUGGGGCUCUUUUAAUCAACCAGGAUUACUAAACUUUGGAGUUUUUAGUUGUCAUGGAGAGGAGAACUGUAACCUGUGGAACAUACAAGAUGUUCUGAUCUUUAUAGCUAUGGGCUUCGUAGGUGGUCUCCUUGGAGCAUGGUUUAAUGCACUGAACAAGCAUCUCACAGUGCAUCGCAUUUUGCAUGUGUAUUCUCGAUCCAAGCAUGUGAGGAUUCUUGAAGCAGUCCUGGUUGGUUUGAUCACCACAUCAGUAGCAUUCUUUGGUCCAAUUUAUCUUGCACGUUGUAAAACACUUCCAUCGGGUAGUGUCUCAUCUGCAAAUAACACUAUAUCCUAUUUUUGUCAAGAAGGACAGUACAAUGACAUGGCAACAUUGUUCUUCACCUCCCAGGAAUCAGCAAUACGGCACCUUUUUCACCUGGAUGGUGCCUUCAGUUUGACAUCUCUAGGAAUUUUUUUUAUUUGUUUCUACUUUCUGGCAUGUUGGACGUAUGGAGCAAGUGUUCCUAGUGGUCUGUUUGUUCCUUGCUUGCUGUGUGGUGCAGCUUACGGCAGGUUUAUCGGCGAGCUCUGCAGGUAAAAAAGCAGCCUUAACAGGCUACUAGGAUAUGAACACACUUACCAUGGGACGUUUGCGCUGAUUGGAGCAGCAUCUUUUUUGGGUGGAGUUGUGCGCAUGACCAUCAGCUUAACUGUCAUCCUGAUAGAAUCAACCAAUGAGAUCAGUUAUGGUCUGCCCAUUAUGAUUACACUCAUGGUAGCAAAAUGGUCUGGAGAUUUGUUCAAUGAAGGCCUAUAUGACAUUCACAUUCAAUUAAAGAGUGUUCCUUUACUUGAAUGGACAGCCCCUCAGGAAAUGUACAGAUUGAAAGCCUCAGACAUCAUGGAGUCCUGUCUGUCCUACAUUUACCCUCACACGAGAGUUCACUCCAUCAUUGGGAUUCUGAAGACAACAGCCCACAAUGCUUUCCCAGUGGUGACCGUUGACAAAAACACUCAAAGGUUACCACAAGGGAAUGAUUUUGAAUACAGAGUUGAUUCAUCAAAUGAAUUAUUUGCUCGCACAACCACCUUUUCAAGUUUGACAAGCGAGCAAAAACUGCGACGACAUUUAACAAGUCAUGGAGAGAGUAGUGUGCUGCAAAGGAAUAGAGCUGAGUCUGAACAUCAUCCAAGAAUUGAGGGUGUGAAGAAUAAGAGGAGAAAAAUUAAAAGUGAGAGCCAUCAGGAUGAUUUGAAGGUCACAACUUCUGCUCCUGGGAUGUCCUAUCCUUUUAAUGAAGACAACUUUACAGUUCAAGGGAGAUUGAUGGCUGAUCAUGGUGUUGAUGUCCCUAGUGGUGCAAUUAACCCAAAUUUUAGUACUGUAUCAGUCCCUGUUUUGACAGACCGGGAGGAGCCCCAGGCACUGACAUUUCAUGGGCUCAUUCUCAGGUCACAGCUGGUAACUCUUCUAAAAGAGAGAGUAUUCUACACUGAGAAUACACAGACACCCAAGAGACGUGACCUUAAUUUUGAAAGUAUGACUGAAGACUAUCCUCGGUUUCCUGACAUUCAUGACGUGCCAGUUGAAUUUGAAGAUCAACAGAAAAUUAUGGAUGUAACCCCCUAUAUGAACCCUUGCCCAUAUAUGGUAUUUCCUUGGACCCCUGUGCCACUGGUCUUCAAUCUAUUUAGGACAAUGGGGCUGCGGCAUUUGAUCGUGGUUAACACUAAAGGGCAGCUUGUGGGAAUGAUAACACGUUACAAUUUAACCCAUGAAUAUAUGGAGCACUGUUUAGAAAACCUUGGCUGAAACUAAAAGUACUACUUGCUGGAUGUAAAAUUAGACAAUCUGCUGGGAUUUAAUUUUUAUAACACUUUAAUUAGGAAAAUAUUCCUCACCAUUUGUACCAUAAUUUUUUUUUUCCAGUGGAAAGUAAUUACUUUUUUAUGCUGUGAAUGGAGGGGUGAAUGAAUAAAUUAAUGAAUGAAUUUAGUGACUGGGAGAAAAGGAUUACAGAUGUAAGAAAUAUUAAAUUUUCCAUGUACAAAAUAAAAUUUUAGAUUAACUUAAGAAAUUGAUAGAUUUUUGCAGUUUACUUUUAUAGGAAGAGUAGAGAGGAUUCAUGCAGAAAAAGAUGUUUCCAACAUAAAUUUGCAUGAGUAGUAAUAACAAUUUUUAAAGAGGUAGAAUUUAAAAAAUUGCAUCUAUCUAAUUUUUGGAAAUUUUAGGCUUGGUUGUAGUUUGGUAAUACAACCAUUUUCAAAUUUUAUGUUUGUGAUGCAGAGACAAAAUUUCAAUAGGAUAAUGAAAAAAGAAAUGAAUUAAAUCAAAUGCAAAACAUAGGUGUAAAAGAUGCUUAUUUUAAUAAUUAGUUUUUGUUUAAAAGAAUA